GUUCAGUGCAGGUGAUGCGUAAAGAGUUAAUGCUGCAUGUUUAUGUAAAUAAUAUAAUCUGCUAACCUACCUGAACUGUCAAUUUUUGAACAGGAACAGUUUGAUGAAGGACACCUGGACCUGCUCGAAGCUGAGGACGCCUAUUCUGAGGGUCCUCUUAAUUCAACCCCCCAGAAACAGAAAGGUGUAAAACUGGCUCCCACAUGGACCAAGCCACUGGUAAUGGCAUCUUCAUCCACCACCAUGGCCACCCAUAGCCCAAGAAGAAGUCUUCACUAUGAGGACCCACACCUCACUGGAGCUACUGCUAUGGACACAAGUGCCACCUCAUCGUUGUUUGAUGCAAGCAUGACCUCGGAGACUGGUCUUGAUCCGGCAGAUUCCAGCUUUGUUCCAGAAACCAGCCCCUCCACCUCAGCCACAGGAAGUUCCACGAGCCUAUCAGGACAGCCUAGUGGAUGGAAGGAACGAAAGUGGAUAGUCAACGAAUCCAAGCUCAUGGAGCUAUUCCAAACGUGCCCAUCCUGCGCUUCUCCGAUGUGUGAUGUCAACCAGACCGUAUCGCACUGUGGCAGUCGGAUAAAAAUAAAAUGGCAAUGCAACAAUGGCCAUAAGGGACAAUGGGACUCAUGUCCUGAGGUACGUGGCAUGCCAGAGAACAAUAUAGUGACACAAGCUGCCGUUGUCUUCACCGGUGCGACGUACACAGACAUUGCAGACUGGGCAAGACUUGUGAACCUGCAGUUGCCCCAGAAGUCGUGGUUCAAUGUGUUCCAGGGCGCUUACCUGCUCCCUGUCAUCGAAGAAGCGUAUGUUACACAGGAAGACAUCGUCAAAGCCAGACUCAUCUGUCAAACUGCGGACGGAGAAAGAGUGGAUCUUUGUGGUGAUGGCAGAAGCGAUAGCCCGGGCCACUCUAGCAAAUAUAAUACCUACUCCUUCAUGGAUGACUCCACCAAACAAAUUGUGCGGUUCGAGCUGACACAGGUGUCCCAAGCCUCAAGUUCCACGGCGAUGGAACCUUUAGGCUUCAGAAAGGGCCUGGAAAAUAUUUUGAAUGAGGGAAUCGAUGUGAGAGUGGUGACUACUGAUCGGCAUCCAUCAAUCCGCAAAAUUAUGAGGGAGGAGUAUCCUCAUAUCUGUCAUCAGUUUGACCCGUGGCAUGUUGUCAAAGGAUUUAGAAAGAAACUGGUGGAUGUAUCGAACAGAAGGGAGAACAGAGACCUUGCUCCGUGGGUCCGAAGCAUCAGUAACCACAUUUGGUGGAGCUGUUGCACCUGUGGUGGAGAUCCAGAGGAGCUGUUCAGGCGAUGGAUGUCCCUCUUACACCACAUCGCUGGGGUCCACCGCUGGGAGGACGGUGGCAUUGAGUACAAGUGCUUCCAUCAAGAGCUGUCUGCAGAGGAACAGAACCGCAAGAUGUGGCUGUCUCCCAUCUCCCCACCUUACAAGGCUUUGAAGACGAUGAUGACGAUCACACGCUUCCGGAAGGACCUUCAACAAAUGGCUCUGUUCAAACACACUGGACAACUUGAGGUUUUCCAUAACACACUCCUGAAAUACUGCCCAAAGAGACUCCACUUCGAGUAUCCUGCAAUGAAGGCCCGAACCAUGCUCGCAAUCAUGGACCACAAUGAGAACCAUUGCAGUGAACGGGAGCAAGCAAGAACAGCAGCAGGCCUCCCAAGAACCAACGUCGUUCACAAGAAACAAACAGGGCGUUGGAUUUCCAGGCCAGUGUAUGUGGAGACAACCCAGGCAUUUAGGAAUGACCUCAUGGACAGAGUCCUGCAAAGACGACUUGACCCCUCCGUCAGACCCAAAGACAGAGCAUCGCAUAUGGUCAUACCUCAACUGCCUGCCAAUAUCGCAAGAGUACCCAAGCCAAGCAAAGAGGAGGCUGACAAGUUACAGACCUCAAGGUUUCGAGGUCCACCGAAAAAAGAAUAAUUCUGUGUGAUUCAACAACUGAUGUGUCCCCCACACCACAUCUGUCCCCGUUUUCUUGACUGUUGCAACAUUGUGUUGAAUCACACAUUGUUUUGUAACAAUUUGUAUUAUUAUUUCACUUUUAUUUAUCUUAUUUUUUUUGGUAAAUAUAUUUCACUUGUUCCAUUGGCCUGGUAAUUUGUUUUCUGGUGUGUCACGGUUGCUGAAAGUUCAACCUGUAAGUAUUGCAGAGUAUAGAAAAUGCACAUUAUUUUAGUCUAUUGCGGGCGAUCUGUUUUACAAACUGUUACUAUCCUUUGAAUCACACAUUUUUUUGCAAACAAUUGUCUUAUUAUUUCA